CACCGCCCCCCCCCAGCCCCCCGCCCGCACGGGACCCCCUGUGGCCUCUCCAGGCCCUGGGAGCUGUCAGCAAGGACGGCUCAGGACGACAGCAGCCGGUCCCGGGACGGUCGGCUUUGCCAGUGCGCAGUUCCAGAGGGAGAUCCUGGAACCUGCGCGAUGUGCGGCUUCCAGCUCCCAGCGGCCAUGCCCCCGCUAAAGCCUGGAGCGCCUGGGGCACCCGCCGUCGGGCUCGCCCGCAGGCGCUCCUCCCAGACGCUCCCGUGCCUGCCGGCGCUGUCGGAGAGGCCGGCGCCGAGGGCGCACGCGCCUGGCCCGCGGGGUGCCUUGGCCGCCGUCGCAGCCGACGCCGCCCGCCCUUGCGGCACCCAGGCGAGCAGCGGCGCGGGAGAGGAACCGCAGAUCUUCCUGUUCGACGAGGACGACUCCGCCGUGCCGUGGGGCCUCGGCGACUGCUCCGGAGGCGAGCUGAAGGAGGCGGACGGCCCCGCGGUCGCGCUGGCGGAUCUGUUUUGCUUGGGCGCCUAGGCGUUGUGUGCCCCGUGAGGUCUAUCACUGCCUCGAGGAGCUGGACCGAUGGGUCUCCCGCGUCGCUUGCUCGCGCCUCGGGGUGCUGCGCCUGAUUUCUGUUCAAGCUCACGGGCGGCUCGAGGCAGUCCGUGUCUCCAAGCGUUGCCGUCCGCAUCUCCUCCUCCGAGUUCGCUCCCCCCUAUCAUCACUUCUCGUCAUCCUUCUUCCCCCUCCCUCCACCCACAAGGGGAUCUUGGCCGGAAGUCCAGAGGCAUGUGGCCUAAGGCUUCCUCCCUGCCUCCCUUCGUGGUCCGCGUCCAACGCCGUCCUGGCCCCCCACCCACCCUCUUCGCCGUGGCGUCUCCCUGGCACGGCAGGGCUGCACCGCAAGCGAGCCUGCUCCCAGGCGUCCCCAGGCGCUUCCAGAGCGCUCGCAGGCGCCCCCGGGCGCUCCCGGGCGCUCCCGAGCGCCUCCCUAUAGCGUCAAGUCGGGCAUGUCCCUUUGCAGAAGGGAGAUCAAGGGCGCCCUCGAGGGCGCGAAGUUAUUCGCGCUUCGCGCUUCGCGGUUCGGCUCCGAUUCCUCCUCGUCCUCCUCUUCUCCCCUGGGAGCUCCGCUCGGGCCUCCG